AUGUGUGAAGGAUGUGGUUGCAACCGGAAUGCGAAGGUCACGGCGGUAGUUGGGGCGCCAGUCUUGCUACUUGGAGUCGCCCUUUACAUCGGAGCCUUUGUUGAGGGCUGGCGCAGGGAUGCACUGAUGCUCGUGGACGGACAGACGCACUUCACCGUAACUGUACGGGGCGAUAUCGCCCAUGACGAUGCCAAGUUCGUAUUCUACUCAAAUGUUACGGAAGACUGCAAGCAGCGUGCCGAGACUAUUACCAUCCGCCAGACCUAUACCAGGGAACUGUUCAGUGUGGAUUCCGGCUGCUCCUUGUCUAUGAGGGACGGAUAUGGCUGGAAGGGCCAGGACCUGGUGGCAUUGGGCACAUUCGCCCCAGGCGGACGUACGUAUGGUGAUUUUCAGAUUAGCACCUCAUAUCCAACAUGGGUGGUUGGUGUGGGACAGUCCACGCACCCCUAUAGCCUUGUGGAGGAGCAUAAAGUCGUUGGUCUGGCUAUGAGCGGGUUCUUACUGGGCCUCGGCGGUUCCAUCACACUCUUCGUCAGCUUGUGCCUCAUGUGCAGCUGCUGCCAGCCGGCGGCUAAGGUAGAUGCGAGGGAGGCGCUACUGUCGAUGAAUCAAGAUCAGCUUCUGCAGGUGGUGCAGGCUCCAGUUGCUGUGGCAACGCCCAUCUUGGCUGAAGCAGUAGAUCCGUAA